AUGCCGCAAGAGACGUACGACAUCGUGAUCGUGGGAGCCGGCCCCGUUGGCCUCCUGCUGUCCCUUUGCCUUUCCAGAUGGGGCUAUAAAGUGAAGCACAUCGACAACCGACCCGUGCCCACCAAAACCGGCCGCGCAGAUGGAAUCCAACCCCGGUCCAUGGAGAUCUUGCGAAAUCUAGGGCUCAAGCGCAGCUUAAUGGCGUACGAACCUGCAAAGGUCUACAACGUCGCCUUCUGGGACCCGUUGCCCGACGGAAAAGGAAUCGGGCGCACUGGAAAUUGGCCCAGCUGCCCAGAUUUCAUCGAUACGCGUUAUCCAUUUACAACGCUCCUGCACCAGGGGAAAAUUGAACGGGUCUUUUUGGAGGAAAUCGAAAAGGCCGGGACGGUGGUCGAGCGCCCUUCAACCAUUGUUGAUUUUAAGAAUAACGGGAAAGAUGCCGAAUUCCCAGUUGAGGUGGAGCUGAAAGAUAUUGACACCAACGUCUGUACAACCGUACGCACGAAAUAUCUUUUUGGAGGGGAGGGUGCCCGGAGUCUCAUCAGAGAACGAUUGAACAUUGGCAUUCGGCAUAAAGACCCCAUUGCGCACGUAUGGGGUGUGAUGGAUGGUGUUGUGAGAACAAACUUUCCAGACAUCAAAACGAAAUGCACCAUUCACUCUGACCACGGCUCAAUCAUGGUCAUCCCUCGGGAAGAUGACAUGGUUCGUUUGUAUGUCCAGUUAGCCUCAUCCACAGACAAAGAUUGGAACCCAAGGAUGACCGCUACUGUGGACCAAGUCAAAGAAGCUGCAGUCAAAGUCUUCAAGCCAUUCGACAUCACUUGGGAUCGCAUUGAAUGGUACUCUGUAUAUCCCAUCGGCCAAGGCAUUUCAGAAAAGUAUACUCUGGACCACCGAGUAUUUAUCGGAGGCGAUGCUUGCCAUACUCACAGCCCCAAAGCUGGCCAAGGCAUGAACACUGCAUUCCACGAUGCACUAAACCUUGCAUGGAAAAUCCAUCUCGUAGAAGGGGGAAUGGCUAAGCGUGAUAUCCUCACCACCUAUGAAUCCGAGCGAAAGAUGAUUGCCGAAAACCUCCUUGACUUUGAUGCCAAGUAUGCCAAACUCUUUUCCACUCGCAUUCCUUCAGUCGGCGAGGUGGAUUCAGCUCUUGGGCGCGCCAAGUCAGAUGAGACCAACGAGUUCGUCAAAGCCUUCAAAUCCGCCUGCGAGUUCACCAGCGGCUAUGGCGUCGCCUACAAACCAAACAUCUUCACCUGGUCCCCAGCCCACCCCGCCAAAUCCCCUCUUUUCCACCCCAAGGGCGUCAAAGUCGUCCCCGGCCGCGCUCUUCCGACAUGCACCGUAACCCGUGUCCUCGACUUCAACCGCGUUGCCCUGGAACAAGAAAUCCCCACCAACGGCUCCUUCAGAUUCUUCGUCCUGGCCGGCGACGUUAACAAGACCAAGACUGCCCUCGCCGACUUCAACGCCAAUCUUCAAAAGUCUCGCUCCUUUUACUCCACAUACUCCCGGCCUGCCGACCAAGCUGCGUCCUAUUUUGAGCGUCACAAUCCACACUCGCGAUUCUUCAGUCUCUGUCUGAUCUUUGCUAAUCAGAAAGAAGAGGUUGAGAUUUCAGCCUUGCCAAGCACUUUCCAGGCGUAUUCACACCAUAUUUACGCUGAUGAUCGGUCCGAUCGGUUUGUACCCGAUGCGCUAGCGCCGUUUCACGCAAAAGUAGGCUUGGACGCUGAACGGGGUGGUGUUGUUGUGGUCAGGCCCGAUGGCCACGUUGCUUGCGUGGUGGAGUUGGUGGAGGGAUCGGGGACUGUGGAUGCACUCAAUGAAUUCUUUGGGUCGUUUUCUGAGAAGCCACUCGGUGGAGAGGCGGGACAGUCGAGGCUUUGA